AUGGAUUUCCCUAAAGAGAUUCCUGCUACACCGGAAAAUACAAGUGCUAUGAAUCAGUCUCGAACCGGUCCAUCGGAUGUCGCUAUAGACGCAAACCAGGCAACCGAUCCUGCCAUGACCCAUGCGCCCUUUAAGUUAUGGAACCCACCAACCGAGAGCCGUCCCACAGUCGUACCUGACCUGGAAGACUUGGAACCUACUGCGGCAGAGAUUGUCGCAGCGUACCAGGCGCAAGCUCGAAAGAGUGAAAAUCUUCGAAACGCGCCUCUUUUAACACAGGAGAUACGAGAUAGACAACAACGAGAAAAAUACAAGAAAUGGCCCAACUGUGUUAUAAGAAUUAAAUUCCAUAAUCAAAUGCAGCUCGAGAAAUCGUUUCCCUCAACAAACAGGAUCAAAUCAGUUUAUGCAUUUGUACGAGAUUGUCUAAGUGAAGAGGCUAAACCCAUCAAGUUUAUCCUUUACCAGCCACCAGCUCGGGAGCUGAAGGUAUCUGACGCAACAGUUCGAGAUAAAACCCUCCUUGAUCUGCAACUAGCCCCUUCGUCCGUAUUGCUGCUGAGAUUUUUGUCUGACGAGCUAAAUGGUCGAGAAAAGAAUCCACCUCUUCACCCAACGAUACUAGCUACUGCCAAGGAUUUUCCGAUCGUAGCAGACUUGCCUCAGUCUCAGCCCGAUGAUAGGCCAGAGCUGACCAAAUCAACAACUGCUGGGAUGAAUAACAAAGAGACUGAGAAUAAGCUGGCUCGGUUAUUGAAGCUUCAGUCCCGUAAGUAA